GCCAGUCCUAUUGCUGAGCGGGGCCUUUCGUGGUGGCCCCCCGCCAGGGAAGGCUUUAAAAGGGAGGGCGGCGCCCGGCUCCUCUCACUCACCCUCACCAGCAGCAAAGAGCACCGCCGGCAGAUAUGACGCACCAGUGCACCAAGUUCUCCGGCCACUGGAAGAUCAUCGUGUUCGACGAGGAAUGCUUCCAGGGUCGCCGCCACGAGUUCACGUCGGAGUGCACCAAUGUGAUGGAGUUGGGCUUCGAGACGGUGCGCUCGCUGCGCGUGGAGAGUGGCGCCUGGGUGGGCUAUGAGCACGCCUCCUUCCAAGGCCAACAGUUGGUCCUGGAGCGCGGAGAGUACCCGCAGUGCGACGCCUUCGGUGGAAGCAACGCGUACCACAUCGAGAGGUUGACCUCCUUCAGGCCCAUCGCUUGCGCAAACCAUCGAGAGUGUCGCAUGACCAUCUUCGAGCGUGAGAACUUCAUGGCUCGGAAGGGAGAGCUGAGCGACGACUACCCAUCCCUGCAAGCCAUGGGCUGGUGCAACAAUGAAGUGGGAUCCCUCAAGGUCCAGUCUGGAGCCUUUGUGUGCUACCAGUACCCUGGUUACCGUGGUUACCAGUACAUCAUGGAGUGCGACCGCCACUGCGGCGAGUACAAACACUUCAAGGAGUUCGGCUCGCACUGCCAGACACCUCAGAUCCAGUCCAUUAGGCGCAUCCAGCAGUAGAGGCUCGGCCUGGCCUGGCCGCAACGUACCUCUCCUUCGCCCCAGUCUCAACCACAAUAAAGUGUCCUUCUUAAAAAUG